CGAUAAAUUAGCAAGUAGUGUGCGUUCAUCCUCCCACGCCUUUCUCCAUAAAGCUCCGAAAGAAACCCAAAACCCUUUCACUUCGGUUUCGAAAUCGAAUUGGCCCAAGGGGAAAUCAAUAAGCUGCGGAUAAGAGGACGGUAAGUACAGCAAAAGCAUCUCGAGAAGAAGAGGUCCUGACUCCAUCGGAAUGCAAACCCAGCAGACUCAAUCAGACGCUGACCACCCGGCGCCGGGAUCGCCGGUGUUGGUUUCUGCCGCGGUGGCGCAAACGAUCCAGCCUUGUUCUCCGCGCUUCUUCUUUUCAUCUGCUGCAGCGGCGAACCCCAACACCGGCUCCCACCGCCGGAUCGCGAUUGCUGUCGAUUUGAGUGAUGAGAGCGCCUACGCAGUGAGAUGGGCGGUGCAGAACUACCUCCGCCCUGGGGACGCCGUUAUUCUCCUCCAUGUACUUUCUACCUCCGUUCUGUACGGCGCUGACUGGGGCUCGAUCGACCAUUCCGUUUCAGAAGCCGCCGGCGAGGUCAAGCAUGCCGAAUCGGAGGAUUCGCAGCAGAAAUUGGAAGGUGACUUCGAUGCGUUCACCACCACCAAGGCGCAGGACCUUGCCCAGCCACUAGUCGAAGCGCAGAUCCCUUUUAAGAUCCACAUUGUUAAGGACCAUGACAUGAAGGAAAGGCUCUGCCUCGAGGUGGAGAGGCUUGGGCUCAGUGCGGUGAUCAUGGGAAGCAGGGGUUUCGGAGCUUCGAGGAGGAGCAUCAAGGGUAGGCUCGGCAGCGUCAGCGAUUACUGUGUCCAUCACUGUGUUUGCCCUGUGGUCGUGGUACGUUACCCCGACGAAGGGGGAGAUGGCGUUCUGCGGGCCAGGAAUGCUUCCCACUAUGAUGAUGCUACUGCUGCAGUAGCUGAUAAAGAUGCGGAGCUGCAUCCCGUGUCGGAGGAGGAGCAGGAGCACCAUGAUGCUUCCGACGGACAAAAAGGGAAAAAAAAGGAUUCAUGUAGCUGACCUCAUGUACAAAGAUAAAGACUUGAUGUUGUUGUUAAUGUAAUAUUCUUGGAUAAGAAUGUGUUAAAAAUUUUUUUAUUAUCUAUUAAUUCCAAGUUAAGAUUGAAGCAAUAUUUUGAUUUUGAAUUUCAGUUCCUUGGACUCUUAUAACUAGAAUGUGGGAAAGAAUAUUCUAACUUUUGAAUCCUUUUUGUAUGUGUUCUUUGUGUGAUAUAUAACCUAGCAUUGAUUAAUUUCAAUUUAAAAAUUGAAUUCGAUUUUGAUUUUGAAUUUCCAUCUCCUUGAACUCUUACAAAUAGAAUGGGGGAAAGAAUAUUCAAACUUGUGAAUUCUUUGUGGAUGGCUUUUGUGUGUGAUAAAUAGCCAGGUGCUUUGUGCCUUGAGAAUUAGAAAUUGAGAGAUGGAGAGGUUGUUUCUGGUAACUAAAAGAAAAAAUUAGGCAGAGGAGGCUAAAAAAAACAUAAUGAUAAAAUGAGAGAGGAAGAGAAAAUAAAAGAGUAAUAAGAUUAAAGAAAAAUAUCGCUUGGUUCAUUUGUUUUGACUGUGGUGAACUGUCAUGAUGGUGUGCAAGCGCUAUGUUGCUA